AAUGUCUGCGCCCAUGUAAACUUAAAAACAAAUAAUAUUGACAUCAAACUCUAUUCUAUUGAGCUCAAACUCUAUUACAGUAGUUACUAUUAGGCCUAUUUUCGAAUAAAUUUAAUUAAAUUCUUCAUGAGCUAGAAAGAAGAUACAAUUGUGAUUGUGCACUGUUGUGUGAAAUCUUGUAGAAUCAUCAAAACAAAUAUUUGAUGUGAUGACAGAAACCUUGAUGAUUCGACUCCGAACUAAGCAGCGUGCAGCCGUAAUAGCUGUUUUACUUUUGUUCACGAUUGCAAUCAUCAUCUGGCUGAACAAUGAACUAAGCAAGCCCUACUACAGCAGGCCAUAUGUAGACCCGGAGCUUUGGAAAUACCUGGGGCCUCCAGAUGAAACAACCAGGAAAGCAAUUGUCACACCCAAGAUCCCACAGAUUGAGGUGAAGAUCAAACCAUCUGUCAGCAUUCAACAGGACUGGCCUAUUGCUAAAGUGGAGGAGCAGUUUUUCAGGUAUUUAGAAAACAAAGAUGUCCGCUGUCUUAAAGACACUCGCCUUGGCAACUGGAAUGAGGGUGGCUGGAAUGUUUGCCUCUCCCCUCCCUUCUUAUUCAAGCGCCCAUGUAUUGUCUUUUCUUUUGGCAUUGGUUAUGACUGGCAAUUUGAUGACAGUGUCGCCAAUAACUUUCACUGUCAUGUCCUAGCUUUUGAUCCCAGUAUGAAUGAAACCUAUGUGAAACGGAGUGCACUGAUUGACUUUCGGAAAACUGGACUUGGUGCCAGGAAUGGGAUCAGUCCUGAAGGCUGGCAGAUGAAGACAUUGGCUCGGCACCUCAAAGAUGAGGGCUUUUGGGGGGUGCCUGUUGACUAUGUGAAGAUGGACAUUGAGUUCUCGGAGUGGGAGGUCCUGCGUCAGGCGGUGAGGGAUAACUCACUCAAGUAUGUCAAGCAGUUGGCGUUUGAGAUCCACACACCGGAGAUGUAUCGCAUCUUCAAACUGAAGAAAAAUCCUCCGCCACCUCGUACACAGCAGAACGACAAGUCAGAUUUUCUCCGUAUGUUUGAUACGUUAAAGGCACUUGAGGAGUUGGGGUUUAAAAAGUUUAACUACCGGCUAAAUCCUUUUGGGGAAUACACCUCAGUCUACUCUAGGAAAGUUCGCUCCUGUUGUUAUGAUCUCCACUUUAUCAAUGUAAAUUUUCUAAGUAAAAACAGCACUAAAUAUGUCACUGAAAGUCCCAGAUAUGUUGGCGCAAGAAGUUUGUAGUAAAGAAAUGAACAUUCUACAAAACAUAAGUGAAGACAUCAGAAACAUAAGAAUGUAAUUAAUACCUAAGUCAGAC